UUUUCAAACUCUGAGGAAACAUUCUCUGAGUUCUUUAUAGUUAAACAGUUUGUGAUUGUAUGUUUUCUCUUUAAUCCUAUAUAUGGCAUUUGUUCAGGUUAUGUAUAUGUGUUUGUGAUUAAUUGAUUUAAUUGUAGUCUGUGUUCACUUUUUAUGCAGAGUAAACAAUGGCAAAUCAAAACCAGAACCAGAAUCAGAACCAAAACCAAAAGAAGAACAAAGAGGAUUUCUCUCUGAAGGCGACAACUCCAAACAUCAGUGCUGGAAGAGCGAUAAGUGGUGAUUGGCUCCCAACUGCAUUUGACUUGGUUGAGAAAAUGCAGUUUCUGUUUGUCAGGGUGGUGAAGGCCAAAGACUUGCCUGAAAAAAGUGAAUCUCAACCUUGUAACCCUUUUGUGGAAGUGAAUGUUGGAAGCUUCACAGGAACAACCAGAUGCAUGGAGAAAACCACCACCCCAGAAUGGAACCAAGUCUUUGCUUUUGCCAAGGAGAGGAUUCAAGUACUAGUUUUGGAGAUUGUGGUGAAGAACAAGGGUGAAAAUGGUGACCCUAAUGAUAAUGGUGACCUUGAUGAGUUCGUGGGACGUGCUGCAUUCACAAUUGGUGAUGUUCCAAUGAGGGUUCCUCCCGAUAGCCCCUUGGCGCCGCAAUGGUACAAGCUUGAGAAUCAAAAUGGGGUGAAGCUUCAAGGAGAGUUGAUGGUUUCUGUUUGGAUGGGAACUCAGGCGGAUGAAGCUUUUUCUGAGGCUUGGCAUUCAGAUGCAUCAGAGGCUAGUGGUGAAAACAUUGCUCACACUCGUUCCAAGGUAUAUAUUUCUCCUAGGCUUUGGUAUCUUAGAAUUAAUGUGAUUCAAGCCCAGGAUUUGUUGCUAAAAAACAAGAGUGGCAAUAAUAACUCGGAAAUUUUCAUCCAAGGUGUUUUGGGGAACUUGGCUUUGAGGAGCCGUUCUAUAAAGUGUAGUACAAGCCCCUCGUGGAAUGAGGAUUUGAUGUUUGUUGUGGCAGAACCCUUUGAUGAUUGCUUGUUUGUGAGCAUUGAGCAGGGGAAUAACUUCAAGCACGAAAGCUUGGCAAUUUGUGCUGUUCCUUUGAAGAAUGUGGAGCAGAGAAUUGAUGCCACUCCACCAGCUAGUGUGUGGUACAAUCUUCACAAGCCAAAGGAAAAGGAGGGAGAAGAGCAGGAGGUUAAUUUUUCCAGUAAACUUAACAUGAGGAUCUCUUUAGAUGGAGGGUACCAUGUUCUUGAUGAGGCCACUCACUACACCAGUGAUGUAAGGCCAUCAUCUAAGUAUUUGUGCAAUCCCAGUAUUGGUGUUCUUGAAUUGGGAAUCCUGAAUGCUGUGGGGCUCUCUCCAAUGAGCAAGGAAAAUCGGACCAAUGCGUUUUGUGUAGCUAAGUACGGUCCAAAGUGGGUGAGGACAAGGACUAUUGUAGAUAGUCUUUCUCCCAAAUGGAAUGAGCAAUAUACAUGGGAAGUGUUUGAUCCUUGCACUGUGAUCACAAUUGUUGUGUUUGACAACGGAAACUUGCAUGGAGGCAACAAAAAUGCCGGAGGGAAAAAAUGUGAAGGACCAGUGGAUAGGAGAAUUGGCAAGGUGAGGAUUCGGUUGUCAACACUUGAAAGUGAUAGGAUUUACACUCACUCUUACCCUCUUAUAAACUUGCACACUCAAGGAGCAAAGAAGAUGGGAGAAAUUCAAUUGGCUGUGAGGUUUUCUUGUCCAUCAUUGUUGAAUGUUUUGCAAACUUAUGCACAACCUUUGCUCCCAAGGAUGCACUAUUUAAGUCCAUUGUCUAUAUUUCAGUUGGAUAAUUUGAGGAACCAAGCUGCUGCCAUCACCACAUUGAGGUUUAAAAGGGCUGAACCACCACUGAGCAAAGAGGUUGUGGAGUACAUGCUAGACAUGGGGGUAAAUGUGUGGAGCAUGAGGAGGGCAAGAGCUCAGUUUUUCAGGAUUGCUAGUCUUCUUAAUGUUUUAGUUUCUGUUGCUAAACAGUUUCGUGAGAUACAUGCUUGGAAGAAUUCAAUUACCACGGUGGUUAGUUACUUCAUGUUUCUCAUUGUCAUUUUCUGUCCGCAAAUAGUUUUGCCAUCAACAUUUUCCUUCCUACUCCUGGCUGGGAUUUGGGGCUAUAGAACAAGGCCAAGGUGUCCUUCCCAUAUGGAUAUGAGAUUGUCUCAGGCUGACACAGCCAGUGUUGAAGAACUAGAAGAAGAAUUUGAUUCCUUUCCGUCGAAAUUCAGUGGUGAAAAUUUGAAGAGGAGGUAUGAUCGAUUAAGAGGUGUCGCGGGGAGGGUGCUAGAAGUGAUGGCAGACUUGGCAACUCAAGGAGAGAGGGUGCAGUCUCUACUCAGCUGGAGGGAUCCAAGAGCAACAGCUUUGUUUGUUAUUUUCUGUUCUGUGGCUGUCAUUGUGACAUAUUUGGUUCCUUUCCGCAUUUUGGUGUUCAUUUGGGUGACUUAUAUGUUAAGGCCUCCAAGGUUUCGAUUUGAUAUUCCUGCAGUCCCUCAAAACUUCCUCAGGAGGAUGCCUGCAAAAUCAGAUGGCUUGCUAUGAUGAUCUUGGAAGAUUGUGAUUUGUGACUCUCGCAUCAACACUUUGUUUUUAUCCACCUUCCUCAUGUUUUUCCAUUGGAGAUAUUCCAAUUUUAAUUAUUUCACUGCUUACUUUUUGAUAGAUAAGUAAUACGAUCUGUUUGUAUGCCCAUAAAUUCUAUUAGAUUGGUCAAGCAAGUGAAAGAUUUUUUUUUUUGUUCUGUUAAUUACUUCAUUUUUGUAUUUAUUGAAAAACAAAAAUAAAUCAUGAUCAUUGUUCUGUUUG